CAACAGGUUGGAGUCAGUCCCCUGAGAUGUUACUGAGCGAUGAGGAUGGGUCAGAGAAGGAAAUCACACCGGUGAGGCAAACAAGCCGUACGCCAGCCCCCAAAAAACCACUGCACCGCUACACCGACUGACACCACCAUGCCCCGCCUGCCCUCCUGAGUCUCCUCCCUCACCUCUGCACCUUCCCUCGGUCACAUCAGAGUCGCAGCAGCUCCCUGCAACCCCCUGUCAAGUCAGCAUGGCUACACCCUUCCUGUGGAAGCUGUCAUCCCAGAAGCUGGGCUUCUUCCUCGUCAGCUUUGGGUUCAUCUGGGGCAUGAUGCUGCUGCAUUUCACCAUCCAGCAGCGAGCCAGCCACGAGAACAGCGCUGUACUGAGGCAGCAGAUCCUGGACCUCAGCAAGCGCUACAUCAAGGCCCUGGCUGAGGAGAACCAAAGUGUCAUGGAUGGGCCCUAUGUGGGUACCAUGACAGCGUAUGACUUGAAGAAGACCCUUGCAGUGUUGCUGGAUAACAUCAUGUUGAGGCUGGGCAAGCUAGAGUCCAAGGUGGAAAACAUCUACAAUGGCACAGGGGGCAACCUGACCAACAGUCCCAGCACUGCCACACCCAGCGUCGCAAACUCCGAAAAAGUUAACGUGGCAGACCUCCUAAAUGGAGCCCAGGAGAAGUGUGAGCUGCGCCGCUUUGAAGGUUUCCCUACAGUUUGGCUGAGUGGAGGGGUGAUUUCUUGGAUGAAGGAGAUGUGGCGUUCUGACUCCUGCUAUGGCAACUACGGCGUGGAUGGAUCCACCUGCUCCUUCUUCAUCUACCUCAGCGAGGUGGAAAACUGGUGUCCUCGCCUGCCCUGGAGGACAAAGAGCCUGACUGAGGAAAUAGACAGGAGGGGACAGGCGGAGAUCCAGACCAGCUUCGACGAGCUUUACCGCGUGAUGUCACAACGUGAGGAGUUCCGCUGGAUGAUGCUGAGGAUCAAACGCAUGGCUGAGCCGUGGGUCAGCGCCAUCCGCUCUCUGGCUGCCAAGCAGAACCUGGCCCGGCGUCGCAGGAAGAAGAUCCUGGUACACUUGGGUCUGCUGACCAAGGAGUCUGGCUUCAAAAUAGCAGAAAACGCCUUCAGUGGUGGCCCAUUGGGCGAGUUGGUCCAAUGGAGUGACCUCAUAACCACCCUGUACCUGCUGGGCCAUGAUGUUCGCAUCUCAGCCUCCCUGGCCGAGCUCAAAGAGAUCAUGCGCAGGGUCAUGGGGAACAAGUCCAGUUGCCCGACGCAGGGUGACAAAGUGGUUGAGCUCAUCUACAUUGACAUUGUGGGCCUCACCCAGUUUAAGAAGACGCUGGGACCUUCCUGGGUCCACUACCAGUGUAUGCUGCGGGUGCUGGAUUCGUUCGGGACAGAGCCAGAGUUCAACCACGCCCACUACGCCCAGUCCAAAGGUCACAAGACCCCCUGGGGCAAGUGGAACCUCAACCCGCAGCAGUUCAACACCAUGUUCCCUCAUACCCCUGACAACAGUUUCCUGGGCUUCGUGGUGGAGCAGCACCUCAACGCCAGCGACAUCAAGCACAUCGAUGAUAUCAAGAGACAGAACCAAUCACUUGUCUAUGGCAAAGUUGACAACUUCUGGAAGGACAAAAAGAAAUACCUGGACAUCAUCCACAGCUACAUGGAGGUCCACGGCACCGUGCACGGCACCAGCACCGUGCACCUGCCGAGCUACGUCAAGAACCACGGCAUCCUGAGCGGUCGAGACCUGCAGUUCCUCCUCCGAGAAACCAAGUUGUUUGUGGGUCUGUCCUUCCCCUAUGAGGGUCCCGCCCCCCUGGAAGCCAUCGCCAACGGCUGCGCUUUCCUCAACCCCAAAUUCAACCCGCCAAAGAGCAGCAAGAACACAGACUUCUUCAAGGGUAAACCCACACUGAGAGAGCUGACGUCUCAACAUCCGUAUGCUGAGGUGUACAUCGGUCAACCCCAUGUGUGGACGGUGGAUAUCGAGAACUCUGUAGAGGUGGAAAGGGCCAUCCGCUCCAUCCUCAGCCAGAAGAUUGAGCCCUACCUGCCCUAUGAGUUCACCUGUGAGGGGAUGCUGCAGAGAGUCAACGCCUUCAUUGAGAACCAGGACUUCUGCCACGGUCAGGUGAUGUGGCCGCCCCUCACUGCCCUGCAGGUCAAGCUAGCUGAGCCUGGACGCUCCUGCAAGCAGGUGUGUCAGGAGGAGCACCUCAUCUGUGAGCCCUCCUUCUUCCAACACCUCAACAAGGACAAGGACCUGGCCAGGUUUGGUGUGGACUGUCAGACGGUGGAGUCGAGUGCCGACACGGUGGUCCCCGCCUACAGCGAGUCCCGCCACCACUGCAUCUUCCAGUCUGACCUGCUGCUGUUUAGCUGCGCAGGCGCCCACCCCUCGCUGCAACGCAUCUGCCCCUGCCGCGACUACAUGAAGGGCCAGGUGGCGCUGUGCAAGACCUGCCUAUAGCAGCAACACACAAGCUGAUGGGAGGAGAGAGGGAGGGGAUGCUGACGGAGGAUUUGGGUUUUGGGGGGGGGUUGGACGAGGCUGAAUGGAGUUUAAAUGAGUGCCGUCAAUCAAAACGCACGCACCAGACUUUUUGUUUUGUUUGUGGGAAGCGGUGUGGACAGAAACAUUUGUGCGACUGCGUCCGUUUAUCAUAUUUAUUGUUUUCCACAGCUGCUGGACGUGAAGUGGUCCUGCAGCCGACCCGAGCAUCCAUCAACCCUCUGAUUCACCAGCGGUGGCGCUGCGAGUCCCUGAAGCGGCGUGAAAUUACUUGAAUCAACUAAAAAAAAAAAAGGGAGUCGUCUCAGACUUUAAACCUGCAGCAGAUGAGUUCUCUGCUGCCACCUUGGUAGACUGCACAUAUCAGCGACAGCCUGUCUGUCUGCCUGUCUGUCUGUCUUCAGGAUCACGACAGCGAGGGACCAAGGAGACUCAAACGCCCCCCUUCCUGACAGCCGCCCCACCUUCCUCCCCUCCACUCCUCCCCCUACAUCCCCUCCCCUGUUCAAAUCUGAAACUGUUUAUUCUUUUGGUAGGUUUGCACUGGACUGGCAUGCCUGAGGGCCCACAUCCCCCCCCCCCCACACACACACACACAGGGGGGCUUUUCCCCGCCUAACCAGACAGGCUCAAGAAGAACCAGUUUUACACUGUAACUGACUCGUUCCUCUCUUCUGGCGAGAGCGGACAAUGUAACGUAGAUAUCUAGAUUUUUAUCCUCCAGACUUAAAGCAGUCUUCGUCCCCCCCUUUAAAGACAGGAAAGUGCAGUCGUGGAUCAGUCGGUCCCACGAUUUUCAUACGUUAACGUUCAAGUUACUCGUUUUAAAACGACAGACAUUUUAUUUGAAGCUAUAAAGCGGAGGGAAGCCUGUGUGUUUGUACGAAAGGCCAGUAGAGAAUGGCAGUCCCGGUCCCACGCAGAGGGGGAGGGUCGUUCUCUGUAGCUAAAAGCAGGUACAGAGUCGCAGUGUCGUAGGAUGUCGUGACGUUGUGUUGUAGAUGAUAGACAGUCGUCAGUAGCCGUGGUAACACCUAGAUGCAUCGCAUCCCAGGCUAGGAAGCCACAACAACAACAACAACACCAUAUUCUCCCAAAGCCUGCAGAGAAACAUGUAAACCUUACCGAGAUGUUGUCUGUCUUUUUUACGUACACGAGUCUCAACACAAACAUCCACCAGACGACAAGCAAACUGUAAGCAACACAAACAUGUCAACAAAGCGUCCCUGCAGCGCAACGAAACCUCACAGCUCAUUUUCUUUGGAUAAUCAUUUAGGAUUUUAAUUUGCCUGCAGAUUUGCGAAGAUAAAAAAAUGAUUAAGGUAAAAUUAAAAUACGUAGUUCUUGUGGUGAAUGGAAAAAAUGCACUACGUUAAUCUAUUCGCAGGUUUAACAAGAUAUUAGUAACACUGUAUAUUGUUCAUAUGGGUUUUAAAGUUUCUUUUUUAUUUAUUUUAUAUACACAGAUCUUUAUCUCUGUUUUGCUGGGGAAAAAAAUCUUUUUUUUUUUAAUUUAUAGGAGGGGUCUCUUGCUUUUUUCCCCCCUUUUUAUAGAUUUUUAUUUAUGGAGAGUAAUUUAAAAAAAAUGUAAAAAAAUAAGCGUGCUUAUC